CACACCCGAACUUUUUGGCUUGGGUUUAGCCAAUCCACCCCCUACUCACCCCUCCAUUUGUUCCUCUUCUCCUUCUCCCUCUCCUGAUUGUUCUCCUCUCUUCCUCCACACACGCACGCUUCACAGCCAGGGACAUGACCGCCGCGAUGUUCCGUGUCGCUGCUGCGAAACCUUUGCAGCGCACGCUGGUGCGUCGUGUCUCGACCAGCUUUAGUUCACAUGGUGGGACUGGGGGUUCCUUGGAGGGGUAUACUCCACCCACGACCAGUUGAGCUUAAAGGACUUGAUUCGCUUGUUUCUCCCUCCAGCUUCGGCCGUCCUCCACUAACCACCCAAUCUCUCCUUACCUCUGCGCGCUUUACGAGGGAAUACCUACCCGUCCGCCUCUCGAGACGGAUCCGAGCCUUGCGAAAUCUUCCCUACAUUAUCGUUUCGAACCCGAACAUUUCAACAAUCUACAAUAACUACAUUGACUCGCUCACCGCCAUCCUUGCCUUUCCCGCGGGGAGCUUGACCAACUUAACCGAGGAGAGCAAGUUCACCGAGCUCCUGACGGAAAUCGUCAAGACGCACAGCAAUACAAUUCCCAUCCUAGCAAAGGGAUUCUUGGAGUGUCGUGGGUACGUUACCCCGGAAGAAGCCACAAAAUUCCUCGACCACCAUUUGAGAGCUCGUAUUGGCACCCGGUUGAUGGCAGAGCAGCACAUCGGUCUACACCUUGCUUCGGUCCCGCAGCCGCCGACCGUAAGCGUCCCCGGAAAGUCCUAUAUAGGGACUGUGGACACUGAACUCCGCCCCGCGGAGAUCAUCGAAUCGUGCGCUUCCUUUGUCGGGGAUAUCUGCGAGCUGCGAUAUGGCACCAGACCUAAACUCACCAUCGACGGAAACCCUGACAUCACGUUCCCUUACAUACCCGUUCACUUGGAGUACAUAAUCACGGAGCUCCUGAAGAACGCCUUCCGUGCCACAAUCGAAGCAAAUUCCCCUGUUCCCGUAAUCGCGACCAUCGCAGCAGCACCCGGCCCGCCGGACGCCGGCGGCAUCACAAUCCGGAUCCGCGACCAGGGCGGCGGGAUAGCGCCUGAUGACCUCUGCCACAUAUGGUCAUACUCCUUUAGCACUUUCAACGGCUCCCGCUCAUCCAUCGGGUCGGGAAAUUCGGGACGUCUGGAAGAUGUGGACGACGGCGGCGCUGACGGGGGGGUGGACGUUAUGGGCAGGUUUACCGAGAGCGCGGGUGCACUAGAAACUAGCUCCAUCGCCGGGUUGGGUUACGGAUUACCGAUGAGUAGGGCAUACGCGCAGUACUUUGGCGGCAGCUUGAAGGUGCAGAGCGCAUAUGAAUGGGGGACUGACGUGUAUUUGAGGCUGAAGGGGGUGGGGCUUGACGGGGUUUAGCUUUUAGUAUCAUGCACACCAUUGACAAAAAGGGGGGAGCGAGUGAUGGAAUCAAUUUGAUUUGAGAGAUUGUGUGUGUGUGAAAGAGGGAGGCGAAGCGAGUGAGACUUUGUGCGCCAAGAUAGUGUGAGCGUGUAGGAGCGGUUAUUGUAUGAUAUGUGCUCGGACUAUAGCGUCAUUACCAUAAUUACCUGUGUUGUGGUCGAGCCCAUUUCAUUCCCUGUUUGUUGCUCGUUCCCUUUGCUUUCUUGCUUCCUUGCUUCUUGACUUGAGCUACAA